AUGGCUCUCAACGUCGGUGGGCCAGUCUGGGCCAUGGAUUGGCUGCCGUCCAAGCCAGCACCCAACGCCGCCGCAGUGGCCGCUGCUAUCGCUAAGAGCAAUGAGAAAAAGCCUCGACGCGCCUCUGCAGCCAGUAAAAAGGCUCAAAAAGCGGCUUUAAACGGCAAGGAAAACAACCAAUGGAGAUUUCUAGCGUUAGCUACACAUCCACCGUGUCAAGUAGCGGAGGGGAAAGUGGUGAAAAACACGCCCCCAGACCAUUACUACGAUAUACCAGAGAGCGCACGGAAUAUGCUCCAGAUCUGGGCCAUUCCACCCAGACUAGUGUACGCUAUCGACCAUGAGAGCGGCGUGGCGUGGGAUUUGCAAUGGUGCCCACUAGUGAAGAAAUUCCCCACGACAAACCGUCGAGAAAAUAUUCUAGGAAUAUUGGCGGCGUGUUUUGGAGAUGGCAGCAUGAGGGUGUUCAAGAUCCCAGCGAUCCCAGAGGAAAGGCUACAGGUGAAUAUUGGCAAGGAGCAGUGUCUUGUGGAAAAGAAUAUCCCCAUUGUGGUUGCCAAGUUGUCGCGUAUUAUGCAACUCAGUGUGCAUUGGUCUCCACACACGUGGAAUUUGCUGCUGACGGGUGGAUCUGACGGCUCUGUGUCACUGUGGAAUAUAAUGUCUGCGGUAAGCGGAAGUGACAGUUUAACAGGUGAACGCAAUGAACCAGAGCCCAUAGAGCCACAACGACGCUUUCAGGACGCUGAUACAAUAGGAAAACAAGAAGCCUUCGAUUGGGGCUGUGGCUGGGUAGCCAUCCGUGCAGUUGCCUGGUCUCCGUUUGAUGAACACUUGUUCGCGACCACUGGAAAUGACUCGGUAUUCAAGGUGUGGGAUGUCCGGGAGCCUCGAGUGUGUCUGCGGUCACACCGAAUACGCUCCACGUGGGGACUGGCGCUGCAGUGGAUGGACCAGACGUCUAUCCAGAUCUCCGGCGACCAAGGCUCCGUCUACAUGUAUGACAUCCUGAGUGGGAGCUACCAGAAGCUUCACUUUCACCCCCAAAUCGACUCCCCCGUGUGGGAUCUGCAGUUCGCUCGACGUGGUGCUGUUCCUCUCCUGAUCUCCUCGUGCACCUCUGGAAGCAUUCGAGCUGCACCCGCUAAAAAAAUGUAUCGCGCGCCCCAGAAUUGCGUCGAAAUCUGUCGUCUCUCUGGAGAAAAGGACGCGAGUAUCGACAAGCCGUUCAAGUCUCUUCGGGUAUCGUUCGACAAGCACUCGGUCUUAGGGUCUGCGGAUACUGUGAGUCAAUCUACGCGGGAGUUCUGCGAGCGAGAUGCUGCGUUGCAUCGGCUGCGUCUGUCUUCCAUAACUCCUGGUGAUUAUCCGUGCUUCCUGGCUGCUGGAGGCCACGCAGGCCUUGUGAUCCUGCUGGAAAUGCAGGAGAUGCUCGAUACAUUAAUCCCAACGUUCUUCAUGCCUCCGUCCAAGAAAACUGGCCGGCCGAAGAAGAUAUUCGCGACUGUAGGACGGAAAGCCAGGACACUCGGGAGCUUCGCCAAAGCCAAAGGGAUGCACACAGCGCUGAGUAAGUACAAGAAGAAGACUCUCGGAAAUGGCAAAAAGAAGGCGAACCCCCGUGCUAACGCGAAAAAGAAUCGGACCUGUCGCUAG